AUGGCCGGUGGUCAGCACCACCACAGGACCAACUUAGACAAAUACCAUCCCGGUUACUUCGGCAAGGUCGGCAUGCGAUACUUCCACCGCCAAACCACACAUUUCUGGAAGCCGACCAUCAACUUGGACAAGGCAAGUCGACUCUGGUCUCUCGUCCCCGCCGAGAAGCGUGACGAGUACCUCGAGAAGAAAGGCGACAAGGCUCCUGUCCUCGACCUGCUUUCGCUAGGCUACAGCAAAGUCCUCGGCAAGGGGCGCCUCCCAGAAGUCCCGAUUAUCGUAAGAGCACGGUAUUUCUCUCGUGAUGCAGAGCGCAAGAUCAAAGAGGCCGGCGGUAUUGUGCAACUUGUCGCAUAA